UGUUAUACAGGCUCUUUAAUGUGACUGUUUUAGAUGGGAGCGAGUGUUUUAACUAUGGAUGUGUAAAGAUACCAAUUAAGGUUGGAUCUGUAUUGCCUUGUUUAUUACACUGUCAACUUCAGCAAGUGAUUGCACCGUAGCCAUUACCGAAUGAUUUGUGUACUCUACUCUGCUUUGAGUUAUGCUUUGCUUGUAGCUUUCUUUUCUUAUUUUGAAAUGAGUGCAGAGACUAAUCCUGGUUUGUCAUGCUGUUCAAGCAUGACUCCCACAGCACCAGAAGGGAUUGGUGAUCCCUUUGAUCAUACGUCAGUUCUGCUGUUAUAGAAGCACAGAACAGGGGUGUAGGCUGCCAGCACUGUGAGAUGGAGGUGGGGCAUGUUCCCCUGCACAACUCUUCUCCCUUCAGGCGAUCUAGGUUGUUACUUGUUUACAGUCAAGGCCAACUGUCACAUUAUAGUGUUCACACUAUAGCUACAUUCAGCUGUGGGCUGGCUGAUAGACCUACUGAUUUCCAAUUUUCGAGAUCAGGAGUGGCAUUCCAGAACAAAAGAACUACGGCAGGGUUUUAUUGUUACAACUGUGGUAGACACUACCGGUGGAAACAUUCGCUGACAGCACAUUUAAAAAAUGAGUGUGGCAAAGAACCAUCACUGCAGUGCCCAUUCUGUGUGUACAGAGCUAAACAAAUGUCCAAUUUUCGAAGACACAUCAGAGUGGUUCAUCGGCAGGCUGUGACAAUAUAGGACUACUGAUUUCCUGUUUCCAAGAUCAGGACUGGGGAUCCAGAACAAACAAACAGCUGCUGGGUUUUAUUGUUACAACUGCGGUAGAUGCUAUCGGUGGAAAAAUUCACUUACAGCACAUUUAAAAAAUGAGUGUGGAAAAGAACCAUCUCUGCGGUGCCCAUAUUGCAUGUAUAAAUCAAAACAAAUGUCUUCCAUCCGAAGGCAUAUCAGAGAUGUACAUCAGCAGGCUGUCUGAACUUACAUUUCAAGCUUUGAAAUGAACCUUUAACAGCAAUAUUUGUAGUGCUUUCUCUGGAACAUUAGACUGUUAUUUAUGCAAACUAUGUGGAACUCUAUGAGUGAUGUUUGAUGUGUUUCCUGUAAAUGAGUGUCUCUAAAUUUAUGUUCCUAUUUCUGAAGUGAGAGUCUGUGUUUUCCAAUUUCUUCAUGUGUGUUGUGGGUUAUAAAUGUCUGAGA